CAACGGGAGGAACAGCUCGUAGGGGACAGCCCGCUCGGCCGGGCGGCUCCUCCCGCGCGGCCCCGCCCGCCCCGGCCGGAGGCGGAGCCCGAGCCCGAGCCGCCCCGCCCCCGGCGCCGCACGCUGCUGCUGCUGCCGCCGUAUCAUGGCUGCCGCCGCCACCUGGCGCUACCGCGGGGACCCUGAAGCAGAGCAGCCCGCGCUGCUAGUCCAGUUCUCCAACGGGAGGCUACGGAGGGCCGACGAUAUGCACUUCACCGUGUACCGGGACAGAGACAGCGCCAACCCCCGGAAGAGGCACCGGAGAAUCCUGGUCUCAGAAACUGAAAGGCUUUCAUACGUGGGGAAUAACUUUGGCAGCGGAGUUAUGAAAUGUAAUUCCCUAUGCAGGUAUUUUGUUGGUGUCUUAGACAAGGACUCUGGGCAAAUGGAAGUCUAUAAUGCUGAAUUAUUCAACAUGCAGCCCCUGUUGUCAGAUAACUUAAUAGCUGAUGAAACAGAGGAUUAUCAGAAGAAGUCCUACAGGGAGAAGAUGGAUUUGUGCAUUGAGGCCUUUGGUACCAGCAAACAGAAGCGAGCCCUGAACUCUCGCCGAAUGAAUGCAGUGGGCAGUGACAUCCUGAAUACAGCAGUGACAAAAGCAGCAGCAAACAUCAUAGAUGCAAAGGGAAUAACAGCUUUGAUCCAGGAUGUGGCCCAAGAUGAUGUGCAGAACAUUUCCAUAUUCCUGCCUCCGUGUCAUGAAGAUGCUGACAAACCUGAAAAUGUCUAUAAGUUUGAGGACAUUCUCUCCCCAGCAGAAUAUGAAGCACUGCGGGUUCCAGCAGCAGUCUUCAUUAACAUAACUCCAGAGGAAAUCAUCAAGAAAACAGAAGAGAAAAGCCAUUGCUCCUUCGUUCUAGAGGAGCUGAAGUUCUUGCCUCUUGAUGAGAAGAGCAGGGAUCACAAAGCCCGAUGCCUCUGGUUCCUGGACAUCCUUAUUAAGUUCAGCUUCCUGAAAGUGAUCAAGAAGAAACAUCCGAUGGGCCCCGAAUGCCCACACAUCAUUAGCAGGAAACUCAUGAAGAAUUUCACUUUACUGACCUACAACAAUGGCAGUGUCCAGAAUUUAAUCUCUGCAUCAAUGAAGGCUAAAAUCACAGCAUACGUCAUCGCAUUGGCUCUGCACAUCAACAGCUUCCAAACAGACCUUACUGUCCUGCAGAAUGACAUGAAGCUCCAAGAAAGCAGGAUGAUGGACAUUGCGAAGGCCAUGCGGUUGAAGGUCUCUAAAGCAAAGGGACUACCAGGACUUGAGGCUGAUCAGAACCACAAGCUGGGCACUCUCUCUCUCCCCUUGCCCAUGCAGAAGGCAUCGGGGGGCCAACGGAAGCGCAAGAAGAUGAGCUAAAAUACCUCUUAAGUCAGAGCAGGGGUGAAACGGUUCCUUUCUAGGCUGCUAUCCUGCACACAGAGCAUUCAGUGGGCACUUUUAUCUGUUGAAUUUGGCUGUCCACUGUCAGCCCAAGACGCAGUCGAAACCCAGCCUUGUUGUUGGACUAGGACAAGUAUUGACUUUGCUAAACUGCUUGUUUUUUCUAUAUAUGUUAAAAAAAAAAAAAAAAAGCUGUAAUAAACCCUUUGCCCUUA